AAGGUAAAUUUUUAAUUGAUGCAAAUCACAACUCUUGAGUGAUUAUCGAAAUUCGGAAGCGUGAACACAUCGAUCGUUUGCCGUUCGCAGCGUAACGGUUUACUCUCAAGGAUAAUCAACUCAACUCCUAUAUAUUUGGAUUAAUUUAUAUUUGGCAGAAAUUUGUUAUAAGAAUUACUGAAAAUGACGGAGGCAGAAUACGACAAAGAACAGCUGCGAAUUAUGCGCAAUGCUUUCAAGGCAUUCGAUCAUGAUGAGCGUGGUUACAUCGAAUACAAUGAUGUACAGACCAUUCUCGAGAUACUCGGCCAAAAGCUGGACGACAAAGCUAUAAAAGCGCUAAUCAAGGAGGUCGACAAGUCGAACUCGGGUAAACUAGAUUUCUCACAAUUCUGCAAAUUGGCUGCACGCUUUGUGGAGGUCGAAGAGGACACGCCGGCAUUGGCCAGCGAGUUGAAGGAAGCGUUCCGCGUUUACGAUAAGGAGGGUAAAGGCUAUCUGACGGUGCAAGUACUUCGUGACAUUCUGCGUGAAUUGGAUGAUAAGCUAUCCGCCAGCGAUUUGGAUAUGAUUAUCGAGGAAAUUGAUGCGGACGGCUCAGGCACUGUCGAUUUCGAUGAAUUCAUGCAAGUGAUGACAGGUUAAGCUACGAUUCUAGUUAUUGAAGUACAAAAAGUCUUAAGUGUCACCGUUGUAUUGCAGCAAUGAAGUAAAUUUUCUUAUUCUAAUUACUUUGAACAAGCGGAAUAUUUGUUUUUAAACAUCUAAUUUAUUGUUGGAUUUGAGUUAAACUCUUUUUUCCUUAAAUUAAUAUAAUAAAAAGUAAAUGCUAAAGUGAUACAUAAAA